AUGGCUUUCGAUUUCCAGGGAAUUGCUACGCAGUUCGUCACCCACUACUACACCACCUUUGAUACCGACCGCAAGGCCCUGGCUGGUCUCUACAGAGAGAACUCCAUGUUGACCUUUGAGUCUACGCAAGCCCUCGGUACCGCCAACAUUGCUGAGAAGCUCACCAACCUCCCAUUCCAGAAGGUUAAGCACCACUUCGACACUGCUGAUGCCCAGCCCACCGCCACUGGUGGUAUUGUGAUCUUGGUCACCGGCCAGCUCUUGGUUGACGAGGAGGCCAACCCUCUCAAGUUCUCCCAGGCUUUCCAGCUCGUUCAGGAUCCUCAGGGCCAGUGGUUCGUUUUCAACGAUAUCUUCAAGCUCGUUUUCGGUUAA